GGCCCUAACCGGACUUGGUGAAAUUGGCCCUAACCGGACUUGGUGAAAUUGGCCCUUGGUGAAAUUGGCCCUAACCGAACUUGGUGAAAUUGGCCCUAUGUCGAUGAUCUAACCGGAUUUGGUGAAAUUGGCCUUAAAAGUAAGCCGAAAUAAGAAAAAAGAAGAAGAAAAUAUAUCAAGAUGUUGUCGACAUCAAAAGAUUCAGAAAUUAAAGACGGAGAAAAUAGGACUCUAAUUAAGAUCGUAGAACGGCCAACAUUUAUACUGAAAACUCGAGAAGGAGAAAGUAGAGCUGUUUCUCCAAGUCAACGCAAUGGGCACAAAAAGGAUACUGAUAUAUCUUCAGGAGCACCAAUGAAAAUACCAGAUUCAAUUCGCAUAUUUUCAAUAUGUCCUGAAAUGAGUACUUGUAUCAAAUUUAUGGACGAAAAUAUGCAACUAUGUGAAAAUCCAAUAGAUUAUCUAUGCGACCAACAAGACUUUCUAGUUGUUGGGUGUCUAGGUGCACAAGGUGUUGGCAAAUCAACAAUUAUGUCGCUAUUAACAUCACAUUACUCAUCCAACAUCUUUCAAGUCCAGGAUUUAUCGCAUUACGAAAAUGAUGCAACAAAUUGUACUACUGGAAUAGAUUUUUUUAUAAGUAAAAAUAGGGUAAUAUAUCUGGAUACGCAACCAAUUCUUUCUGGACUUGUAACUGACUAUUCUGUAUGCUUUGAUCAAAAAAAAACCACAACUGAUUUUGUGAAUACUGAUUCUAAUUUGGAGCUACAAUCUCUACAAUUUGCAGCAUUCUUAUUUUCAGUAUGCCAUGUUAUUAUAUUUGUGCAAGAUUGGUUUAUUGAUCCAAAUUUGGUGAGAUUUUUGCAAACUGCAGAAAUGUUAAAACCAUCCUCAACAACUAUUAUGGAUCAAGAUUAUGUGGAAUAUUAUCCACAUGUUGUAUUUUUGCAUAACAAAGUAGGAUUACAAGAUUUUAUGCCAAAUAUUAUUGACCAAAUGAAGGAAUUUUAUAAUAAAGUAUUUUCAAGUUCUCGACUACAAACUCAUAGCGGUAUAGAUAUGAGCCAUUGUUCAACAGAAAAUGUUUUAAACUUAUUUUUGAUACCUUCAAAGAAAGAAGAAGAUAUGAUAUUUUGUGAAAAUGGAAAAUCUCUCAUAGACAAACUGCGAACGAAAAUACAUGGAGUUACUAGGAACCCAAUGACGCCGUCUGUAUUAACAGAAAAAAACUGGUACCAUUAUGUUUCAAAAGUCAUGGAGGCAAUAAAGAAAAGCCAUCUAUCUUCUGAAUAUGGAAGACUAAUGCCUUGAACUUAAAAAAGCUGUUUACAUAAAAGAAAUAAAGAUUUCAUUCGCCUCGGAAGACAAUAAAUGAAUGAAUUCUGUACAACAGUUCAGGAUGAGCUCCCUUGAUUCAUUUGCAACUCGCACAUGGGGUAAGAUUUCCUUGAUUAUUUUGUUAAUUGAUGCACGAGGAAGAGUGAGCUCGUCAUCAUCAGUUGGCGACAUCGUAGCCGAGGCCAUUUGGUUCCUGGAAAAUAUAAAUAUAAGACAUUUUUUAAAGUUUUCGGAAGAAUCUAUAUCAAAUUAUUUUACGAGAAUGUAGGAUAUAUAAAAUUUAGUUGUAUUAUAUAUAUAUAUAAAAUGUAUGUAUGUGUGUAUGAAUGUAUGUGUACAUAUAUAUACGUAUAUGUAUUAAUUUUUUUAUUAUUAAUGCGAAUAAAUCUGAUACUUUCGUUA